AGGGCAGAGCGCCGCAGGAGGAGGGUGGUUGUCGGUUUGGGUUGGUCGGAAGGGGAGGGCCGCCUCCGGAAAGCUGUGGUUACAGAAGGGGGGAGUUGGUGCUUGGCCAACAAACCCUGGAUCCCCUCUUCCCCCUCCCCCAGCGCACCAGCUGUCUCCUUUCUUUUUAUACUGUGGUGGGAAGUAGAGGGGCCCUGCUGGAAAUGAGAUUAUUUGAGGAAGAUGGUCUCCCCUGCUACCUAUUUGGAGGGAUGGGUCAGACCAAGCCCUGAGCCCACACCCCUGCCCCCUUCCCUGCCUGACACCCGGGACUUCUCAGAGGAGGAGAAACUGUGAGGGAGAAUACCCCGUCCCUCCCAGCUUCACAGAGGCUGACUGCAGCCCCUCCCCACGUGUCUGUUCCCGUCACCCCUUUCUCUCCGCUCCCCAUUCUUUCUGCUUCCUACCUUCCCUGGCUCCAGACCCCACAGGCCCCUUUCCCUCUGGCCCCCUGCUCUUCCCCCACCCAAAUCCUAACCUUCAUGUGUCAGAACAAAGGGUCCUUUCCUGUCUAGGGGCCAGCAGGGGCCUCCAGGACGGCCCUGGAGGCUGGGGUCCCCUUGGAGUCUCCAGGCCCCCAGCAUUGGCGUGUGUGGGGCAGGUGGAGUGGGAGAGAGGGAGAGGCGAUUUCUUUGUUCUGGGUAAGGAGAGGUGGCUGGCUUUGUGUGCAGGAUGGACUGGGAGAGGAGCUGGGCCGGGGGAGGAGGGCUGGGUGAGCAGGGAGGGGCUGACCCGGCUGGCUGGCAGUUUUGUAAGGAAGUUUUGCAGGAACUGAGGGUCCCGGGGUGGUUGAAGCUUUUAGGGGCACAGGAAGAGGUUCUAGGGUCAUGGAGGUUCAGGACCGAGCCGAGGAAGGGAAGUCACUGCUGCAGGGGUUGCUGGUGCCUGGGGAAGGGCCGGCUGGGCUCAGCAAAGGACAGAGAGAGGGGCCUGAGCUCAGUCCUGGCUUCCCUGGAACCGACCUUGGAUCCUGGAGGGGACAGAUCUGAAUGUGUGAAUCCCAUGCAAGCGUGUGACCUGUGUUGAGUGUGUGUGUGUGUGUGGCUGUCUGUCCCCAGAUGCUUUGGGUUGCUGUCUUGAGCCGCGGUCACCAGAUUAGGGGGCUCGAGCUUUCUGGAAGUAGUUCCAUUUUUAGCUUCCGUCUCUGGUUUGAGGGCCGUCUAGUAGCCUGAGUGAGCAGAUUGGCCAGGGCUCCUGGAGCUGGUGAGAGAUAUGGCUGAGGGAAGCUGGCUGGACCCUCCUGGGUUUGUUUGUGUGUCUUGGGGGAGGGGGUGCAGGCAGCAGCUGCCCCCUCCCAGCCCAGCCGGCCUGCCCUGUGCCAGGAGGGCAGGGAGUCCUGGCACGGCUAUUGUUCGCCUGCACAAAUGCCCGUCUGUUUGCCUCUCCCCCCCGCCCUCCCCUCUGCUGUCUCUCUCCUGACCCGACAGGUGUGGCCGGGCAGGGGGCAGGCUGGGGUCCAGGAGGCCUGAGUUUUCAGGGUCCCCGGCCUGAUUUUAUUCCCCAUGGCCCUUAGCGCCCCUCUGCUGCUCCGCCAGUGUGCCCCCUCCGCCCCCGUUGUCUGGCGUGUCAUUCUCAUUCAUCGAGCAAGCAUUUAUUAAGUGCCUUUGUGUGUCCGGUGAUGUCUUUCUGUGUUACGUUUCCGGCUUUGGCCACCUUCUCCUCGGGCUGCUGCCUUUAUCUUGUCGCCGGGAAGCUCACAAAGGAGCAGAGCCUGGCCUUCCUCUCAGUCCUGUGGCCAGGCACCCUCUGUCUGCUCAUUUCCCAGCCCAAAGCCCCCACCCCCACGACCCCCUGCACUCCACAGCCUAUGACUCUGCGCCCCGGCUGGUCAGGCGCUGAGCCGCAGGUGACUUGGAUCCCAGCGGGACCCUCGGGUGCCUUCUGGCCACCCUGCAGGGGCCUCACCAUCUUGAGGAAGGGGCUGUGGCUCUGAGCACCACAUGACUGCCCCGGAGGUCGUGGCGUGGACGCCCGGUGGAAGAAUGAGCGCCGGGGCCUUGCUGGGAGAGGCGCCCACCUGCCUGGGGGGCUCUGCCAUCCACUGCCGCCCACCAGGGAGCCCGGCUCCCAAUGCCUUCCUCACACACAGCACCAUUUUCCUCAUUUCGCCGCCGAGGGAGGCACAGUGCGGAGAAGGGGGAAGACGGGGACACUGCCCUCGUCCCCUCGCCUUUCUUGCCCCCAAGUGACCACGAUCUGGAGGGACAACGGAGGGGAGCUUUGGGUCGGCCUCUCCGGGCCCCCAGAGGAAACCCGCAGGGUCUAGGCUCAAAGGAAGUGGAGUAGAAAGAAGGGGGGGUGCUCCAGUGAGGACCGAGGGGUCCCCGGAGCGGGGUGAGGGUGCUGCUGGACCCCGGGCCUCAGUGUCCGCCGUCCCUCCUCGCAAUCGUCCUCCCUUCCCUUGCAAAUGUGCGCCCAGUGCCUGCUGGACAGGCCGCCGAGCCAGGGGACCGACCCAGUGUGCCUUCCUCCCUGCCUCCCGAUGCCAGGCUUCCGUGGGGGCGGAUGAGCAGGGCUGACCAGUCGGAGGACUGAGCCCCGAAGCAAGGGCUUCUGCAUGUUCGGCGUGGCCAGUGUAGAUCAGGGGUCGUGGCCCAGUGCUUGCCCCACAGGCUGUCCUGCGGGUGGGUUGGAGCCCAGCGGGACCGUCCUCAGAAUACCUGGGAAAGAGUAGGAUGGAGAGGCGGGCACCACUCACUGUGUCUCAGGGACAGCCUCCCCCCAGUGGCGGGUCCUGGGUCCUUCCGUCCCCCUGGCCGAGCCCUGGGGCGGGCACAGGCUGCCACAGGACAAUAGCACUAGGCGGUGCCAGGGCCGCUAGCUGCCCGAGGUGGGAUGUGCUGCUGUGGCUGCUGCCCGCUGCUGGCUCACCUACAGAGGGGGCCCCUCGGAGAGAGGACCCGCGAGAAGGAGAAGAUGAAGGAAGCCAAGGACGCCCGCUACACCAACGGGCACCUCUUCACCACCAUCUCCGUGUCGGGCAUGACCAUGUGCUAUGCCUGCAACAAAAGCAUCACGGCCAAGGAAGCCCUCAUCUGUCCAACCUGCAAUGUGACUAUCCACAACCGCUGUAAAGACACCCUCGCCAACUGCACCAAGGUCAAGCAGAAGCAACAGAAAGCUGCCUUACUAAAGAACAGCACUGCCCUCCAGUCUGUUUCACUGCGCAGUAAGACCGCCCCCCGGGAGCGGCCGAGCUCCGCCAUCUACCCCUCCGACAGCUUCCGGCAGUCUCUGCUCGGCUCUCGCCGCGGCCGCUCCUCCCUGUCUUUAGCCAAGAGCGUCUCCACCACCAACAUCGCUGGACACUUCAGUGACGAGUCCCCCCUGGGGCUGCGCCGAAUCCUGUCCCAGUCCACAGACUCCCUCAACAUGCGGAACAGGGCCCUGUCCGUGGAGUCCCUCAUCGACGAAGGUGCAGAGGUGAUCUACAGUGAGCUGAUGAGUGAUUUUGAGACGGACGAGAGGGACUUUGCGGCCGACUCCUGGAGCCUAGCCGUGGACAGCAGCUUCUUGCAGCAGCAGAAGAAGGAGGUGAUGAAACAGCAGGACGUCAUCUAUGAGCUCAUCCAGACGGAGCUGCACCACGUGCGGACGCUGAAGAUCAUGACGCGCCUCUUCCGCACGGGGAUGCUGGAAGAGCUGCAGCUGGAGCCCGGAGUGGUCCAGGGCCUGUUCCCUUGCGUGGACGAGCUCAGUGACAUCCACACACGCUUCCUGGGCCAGCUGUUGGAGCGUCGGCGCCAAGCCCUGUGCCCCGGCAGCACCAGGAACUUCGUCAUCCACCGCCUGGGGGACCUGCUCAUCAGCCAGUUCUCAGGUGCCAGCGCAGAGCAGAUGCGGAAGACCUACUCCGAGUUCUGCAGCCGCCACACCAAGGCCUUAAAGCUCUAUAAGGAGCUGUAUGCUCGGGACAAACGCUUCCAGCAGUUCAUUCGGAAGGUGACGCGUUCGGCCGUGCUGAAGCGGCAUGGCGUGCAGGAGUGCGUCCUGCUGGUGACCCAGCGCAUCACCAAGUACCCGGUGCUCAUCAAUCGGAUCCUCCAGCACUCCCACGGGACUGAGGAGGAGCGCCAGGACCUGAGCACAGCACUGGGGCUGGUGAAGGAGCUGCUAUCCAAUGUGGACCAGGACGUGCACGAGCUGGAGAAGGGAGCCCGCCUACAGGAGAUCUACCACCGUAUGGACCCCCGGGCCCAGACCCCCGUGCCUGGCAAGGGCCCGUUUGGCCGAGAGGAGCUUCUGAGGCGCAGGCUCAUCCAUGAUGGUUGCUUGCUCUGGAAGACGGCGACGGGCCGCUUCAAAGAUGUGCUAAUGCUGCUGAUGACAGACGUACUGGUGUUCCUCCAGGAGAAGGACCAGAAGUACAUCUUCCCUGCCCUGGACAAGCCCUCGGUGGUAUCGCUGCAGAAUCUGAUUGUACGGGACAUCGCCAACCAGGAGAAAGGGAUGUUUCUGAUCAGCGCGGCACCCCCUGAGAUGUAUGAGGUCCACACAGCAUCCCGGGAUGACCGCAGCACCUGGAUCCGAGUCAUUCAGCAGAGCGUCCGCGUAUGCCCAUCCAGAGAGGACUUCCCACUGAUUGAGACAGAGGAUGAGGCCUACCUACGUCGAAUCAAGACGGAGCUGCGACAGAAAGACCGGGCGCUGGUAGAGCUGCUACAAGAGAAGGUUGGGCUGUUCGCCGAGAUGACCCAUUUCCAGGUGGAAGAUGAUGGUGGCGGGGUGACCCUGCCCACCCUGCCCAGGGGCCUUUUCCGCUCCGAGUCCCUGGAGUGCCCUCGCGGGGAGCGGCUGCUGCAGGAUGCCAUCCGUGAGGUGGAGGGCCUGAAGGACCUCCUGGUGGGGCCCGGCGUGGAGCUGCUCCUCACGCCCCGGGAACCAGCCUUGCCCGUGGACCCGGACAGCGGCGGGAGCACGAGUCCUGGGGUCACCGCCAAUGGUGAGGCCAGAACCUUCAAUGGCUCGAUUGAACUCUGCAGAGCUGACUCCGACUCCAGCCAGAAGGAUCGGAACGGAAAUCAGCUGAGGGCUCCCCAGGAGGAAGCGUUACAGCGAUUGGUCAAUCUCUAUGGACUUCUGCACGGUCUCCAGGCGGCUGUGGCCCAGCAGGACACCCUGAUGGAAGCCCGCUUCCCCGAGGGCCCCGAGCGGCGGGAGAAGCUGACCCGAGCCAACUCCCGCGACGGGGAGCUCGGCCGCAGCGGGCCGGCCCCCGCGGCCCCCGACAAGCAGGCCACCGAGCUGGCCCUGCUGCAGCGUCAGCACGCGCUGCUGCAGGAGGAGCUGCGGCGCUGCCGGCGGCUGGGCGAGGAGCGCGCCACCGAGGCGGGCAGCCUGGAGGCCCGGCUCCGCGAGAGCGAGCAGGCCCGGGCCCUGCUGGAGCGCGAGGCCGAGGAGGCGCGCAGGCAGCUGGCCGCCUUGGGCCAUACCGAGCCCCCUCCGGCCGAGGCCCCCUGGGCCCGCAGGCCCCUGGACCCUCGGCGCCGCAGCCUCCCGGCCGGAGACGCCCUCUACCUGAGUUUCACGCCCCCGCAGCCCAGCCGAGGCCACGACCGCCUGGAUUUGUCUGUGACCAUUCGCUCUAUCCAUCGACCCUUUGAGGACCGAGAGAGGCAGGAGCUGGGCAGCCCCGAGGAGCGGCUGCAGGACAGCAGCGACCCCGACACGGGCAGCGAGGAGGAGGGGGGCAGCCGCCUGUCCCCUCCCCAUAGUCCGCGAGACUUCACCCGAAUGCAGGACAUCCCGGAAGAGACGGAGACUCGCGACGGGGAGCCUGUGGCUUCCGAGAGCUAAGGGGGCCCCUCCCCCGUCCUGUGCCCCCAUGAAGAACACACCGAGGGAGGCAAACUCUGGGGACUCCGAUCCGCCAAUGAUGAGGGAACAUUAGAACUGCUGAUUGUCCUUGUCAGCUCUUGGGCUCCUUGGACACCUGGGGCCGCUUAGGAAGCUGGAGGAAUUGGGCCGCAGCGCCCCCUGGUGGCAUCCAGAAGCUACACCACAGAUGCCAGUUUUUCAUGCCUUCUUCCCUCUACUUUAGGAAAAUUUAUUUAUUUAUUGUUUAUUAGUGACGCAGGGAGUGGGGAGAUUUAGAGCACCAGGGACAUGGGAACCAAGCCAUAGGGAUCAGGGGGCCUUGUCCUGUAACACUACUGGGGUUUAUUCAGGCUUAACCGUGCCGCUGCUGGGUUCUAACCCUGACGCCCCUCCUGGGCAACACCGUCUGUGAGGAGGGGCUGCACCGCAGGACCCUGCUGACCCCCCCCCCCCCGCCCCCCAAGAGGGGCUGUGGGCAGGGCCACGCCCCUCUCCCUCCCCCUCAGCCUCGCACUGCUCUUCUCCCUUGUCCCUCCUCCCCGGGAGCCCCAGGGACACCGCCUGGCUUCCGGAGCUGAUGGAGGAGGGGCUGAGGUGGCCCUAACGGCUUUGUUGGGGGGGGCGAGGGGAAAACCCACGGGACCAGAAUGUUUUUUUGUUGUCGUUGUUUUCUUUUUUGUACCAAAGCCAACUGCACGUGUUUUCUAUUUUUAAGAGAUGAUUUUAGGCAAUUAGAAACCACAGCCUUCUAUCUCCGAUUAUCAGAAGAGCUUGAGGGGUGGGGGGACCAUAUCCUCAUCUACAGUAAUGGGGGACCUAUUCUGACCUCUUCUCCAGCCGUUUGGGAAAAAUGUUCUAGGGUGAGUUGGGAAAUCUCCGUGAAGCCUGACCUCAUCCCCACCUCAGCAACCGGGACUGAAACCUCAGUGUGAAUUUUGGGGAUUUUUCAGUGGACCCCCAGUGCCCACCAGCCCCAGCCAUUUUCUGCCAAUUUGAUUGUUAAAAAAAGAAAAAAGAAAAAAAAAAGAUAAAGCAGGGAAAAUUAAAGACCUGGAACCCCA